AAAAAAAAGAAGAGAGAGAAAUAUCCCAUAUCCGGUAUCCCUCUAAGCUUCUUCCCAAAUGGAGAAGAAAUAGCUUAGAAAAAACCCUACCAGGGUCUUACAGUAAAGCUCUCAAGAGAAGUUCCAAUAAUUGUCUCAUAAAUAGUGUUUUGAUUCAGUUCUGCAAGUUGCAUUAUCAGCUAAUGGUGUUGUAGGGAUUCGUCUUCGUUGCGGUUGGUCAUAGACGAUGAAGAGGAAUGAUUGAGGAUAUGAAAUUUGAGGAGUCGUCAUUAACUGGAUAUCUCGUGAAGAAUCUCAAACCACUGACAGAGGCUGACCCUGUGAUUCUUGCUGAAUAUGUGGCAGCAUUAUUAAAGAAGGACAAACCUGUUAAAGAAUUACAGAAACUCUGCGCUGAGAAUUUAGUUGAAUUUCUGGGUCAGGGUACAACGUCUUUCAUCACAAAGUUGUUCCAGGCCCUCGAGGAUGGUUGUAUUGUAGCACCUGCUGAGAGUUUGGGUGCCAUCAGGGAGGUUGAACCAUCUCCAUCUUUCAUUGCACAGGAUCCGACAGAACUGACAAUUUCAUCUGCAAAGCCAGAGGGCCUUUCUCCUACUGGUUGCAUCAGCGACCCUGAGGAGAAAGAGGUCAGUGAUGAUGAGGAUGAUGAUCGAAACCAUAAGCAUCGUAGGAGGGAGCCAAGAUCUGGGUCUUUUGACAAAGAUGCACAUGAACAAUUCUUGAGCAGGCCAAACAGAAAGCGUAACAGACCUUUUGAGAAUGGGCAGCUAUACCUCGAAAGUGGUCCUCAGCCUAGUGAAACACGAAAAGGAUAUAACCUUUCCCAGUCAGAGAGAGACCUUUCUGCAAAAUUUGAAAAAAGGCGUCCUGGCAUAGCAACACAUCCGCAUGCUCCACUGGAUUUGGGUCAGAGAACAAGAAUAAAUCAGGCCUUUCAUGGUGAUCUUGGUGCUCGUUUUGAUUUAGCUACAUUGGCAGGUCGUCCUCCCUUAGGUAGGGGAAGAGGAAGGAGUUCUGGCCCCUGGAGCCAACAUGAUUCCAGGUUCAGCUCUGUGGAGGCGCUUGAUUUUGCGUCGCAUAUGGCUCCACAAGUAGCCACACCUCCUAGUCUAUUUCCUGGAAGGGGAUUGCCAAAUGUUGGAAAUGCACAGAGUGGAUCCUGGAGUGCUUUUGGCUUAAUUCCUCGAAUUCCCAAUGGAAACCUUGAUACACUCCAUCCCUUUGGUUUGCAAGGAACACUCAUACCACCAAUCAAUCCUUCCUUGAGUAUCGGCAUGGCCCGUCAACGGUGUAGAGACUUUGAGGAGCGUGGAUUUUGUCUGAGAGGGGAUAUGUGCCCAAUGGAGCAUGGUGUAAAUCGGAUUGUUGUUGAAGAUGUUCAGAGCCUUUCACAGUUCAAUCUCCCUGUUUCGGUUCCUAGUGCACGCCUAUUGGGGGUACCAUCUGGAACAGGACCUUUAACUUCAGUUAGUGCUCCUUCAGGCCUGUUGACGAAUAGCAAAGGUUUGCAUGGUAAUAGUACCAAAUCUGGGACAAAUGAUGAUGGAAUAGGCUUGAAUGGAGUACUAUCUUCCUCUGCUGGUGUGGGUGAAGCUGAUCUUUAUGAUCCUGACCAGCCUUUGUGGAAUACUGACCGUCCAGAGACGUCAAGUGCCCUUUUAAGGGUCCCUUCCCCCAAGAUUAAUGAUGUUGAGUCCUUAUGGGAUGCUGAUACAUCUUAUUACCACAGUUCAAGGGUUUCUGAUGGAGUUGACAGUGAACGACCAGGUAAAAGCAUCACAACAACUGCAUCUGUUUGGGGACGGAUUGGAAAUUCAGGAAUUAAAAUAGAAGCUACAGGUACAAAUGAUAAUGCAUUACCUUCCCUGGGUUCUCUUGGGAAUGAAGCAAAGGAAGAUCUUGAGGAGGUGUUACCUAGUGUCCCCGGUACUGCUCAUCAAGGGAAGCCGAUUUUUAUGGGGGAUAAUGGCCCAAAAACUAUGAAUUCUGCUGCUACUCCAAAGCCACGGAAUGAUCCUGGGCGAAAUGGUGGACGACAAUUGCAGAAGGCUUUACGUACACUUUUUGUGAAUGGUAUUCCCCAAAAAAACAACAAGAGGGAGGCCCUUCUUUCACAUUUUCAAAAAUUUGGGGAGGUUAUUGACAUUUAUAUUCCACUGAACAGUGAAAGAGCCUUUGUUCAGUUCUCCAAAAGACAAGAGGCAGAGGCUGCUCUGAAGGCUCCAGAUGCUGUGAUGGGCAACCGCUUCAUCAAGUUGUGGUGGGCUAAUAGGGAUAGCAUCCCUGAUGAUGGCAUCAACAGUGGCAAUGCUGUAUCAGCAGUUUCCCGUGGUGUUACAACUGCUUCUGUUCCCUCACAGCCAUCUAUUACUGAUGGAGCAAAGGAAAAUAUCCCAUCUGCACCUCUGAAGGUUAGUACGUCUUCAUCUCAUGUUCCAGUGCCUGCUGCUGUUCACCCUAAACCUGUUGUGGUAGAUGGUCCCAAGGCUAUCCCUCCUGUGCAAAAGAAGCUAGAGAAUUUGGAGCUUUUGAAGGAGGAACUCCGAAAAAAGCGUGAAAUGCUGGACCAGAAACGGGAUGACUUCCGCCGCAAGUUGAAUAAGCUUGAAAAACAAGCUAUAUCAGUUAAGGGUGAAGCAGCUGCUGACCAACCUAUUAAGAGACAUAAAGUGGGGACUGUAACUGAUGUUGCGAGGGCUGCUAAUCCACGGCCCACAAAUCCUAGUACUACCAGUGAAAGACCAGGUGCUGAAAAGACGGUGGAUAAAAACAAUUUGGGGGAGAAUAGUGCAUCUCCCAGUUCAAAAACAAGCUCAACUUUGAUGUUACAGUCGCCUAGGAAUUUGAAGCAGCUGAGUCGUACAUCUGCAGCAAUAGGGCCUCCCUUUCUGGUGAAUAGGUUCAAGUUGGACAACCGUCCUACUGCAUUUAAAAUUCUUCCACCUUUACCAGCUGAGUUUGCAAAUGUUGCUGCCUUGAGGGAACAUUUUCAAUCAUUCGGUGAUCUGGCCGCUGUUGAACUAGACGAUUCAGACUCCCAUACUGUAUUGGCUGGGUUGGAGCCAUCAGCAAAUUGUUCUGCUCUUGUAACUUUCACAACACGUCAUGCAUCUGAGAUGGCAUUCUUAAACGGUAAAUGCUGGCAAGGCCACAGCUUACAGUUUACGUGGUUGCCUACUUCCAGUAAUUCUAGCAAUGAGCAGGGUGGCGGAGAAAAUUCUCCUAUUCUUAAUCCCGGGGUACCCCCAGAUGCUGAAGUUCCAAGUAAGACAUCAACAUGUGGGUCGUCUUCAUCAAGUACAGGAAAAUCAACAGGCAUUGAUUCUCAGGAUGUACCUGCUGCUGGGGAUGGUGACUUUAGGAAUUCUGAAGGGAUAAAGAGUGGAGCUGAGGGUACGGAAGUGGUAGAAGGUUGCCCGUCCAGCUCUACUACUGUGUCCUCAAGUGAGACUCAUUCGCCUAAAGGCGACGUUCUGAUGGUUGAGGAAGGCACAAAUGUCAGUUCUCUGCAUUUAGAGCAUUUUGACGCUCAAGGAUCCGAUUGUGUGAUUGAGGGAGCGUGACAAUACCAAUGCACAAAGGGAACAUGACUAUACCAGUGCUCAUAUGUGCUUCUCAGCGGGUUCAACAUAUUAAUGUAGACACAUUCUAAUUGUAAUAUCUGCAGGUAUUAUUCAUGAAAUUGGUAACCAGCAGGUUUUGUAUCUACCCCUUCAGUUUACUUUAGCUGUGAGUAUUUUUUUUUUUCAUUUCUUGAGAAGAAUAUUAAGGAAAAGAGAAAAAGUAAACCAAUCUUCACCUGGCUGAGGAAAAUUUUCCCUGGACUUGAACAGCAUUCGUUCAUAUGGGCUGGUUGCAGGCCCUUGUUCAGAUCCCAAUGUACUUCUAUUACAACUGUUAUAUCAGCUGCAAAUAUCUUUAUGGGCUCAAGGUGGGUUUAAUUUGUCCCCAUCUAUUUUGGGUCCUCUUGCCAGGAAAUUGAAUACAAUGAGUUGUUACAUUCCAGUUCCA